CAACAUUCACAAUUUUUCUUAAAAAAAUAUUAAUUAAGAAAAUACAAAUUAGCAAUAGAGUAUAUAUAAACUAGCUGUGGCUGGCUCGUUUAGUACAUGCACACAAUAGCAAAAACAUAAACUGGUUUGUUUUUUUAAAAAAAUCCUCCGUUCCUCUUUAACUGCGUUACCGUCACCGUCCACCUCCGUUUACUCUCAUCCUCACUAACUCGCCGUCGUUAACGGUAUGAAGGACGCCGUCAACGAUUCGUUUUCGCCGGGAUCCUCUCGUCCUUCGCCGUCGAUGCUUUCCCGAGAAGAUUACUGGAGCGAGGAGGCGACCUUCACGCUAAUCCAAGCCUGGGGGCGCCGCUACGUCGACCUCAGCCGAGGCGGCCUCCGUCAGAAGCACUGGCAAGAGGUGGCUAACGCCGUCAACGACCGUCACUUCAACACCGGCCGCAACGUCUCCGCCGCGAAAUCGCAGCCGUACCGCACCGACGUGCAGUGUAAGAACCGGAUCGACACGCUGAAGAAGAAGUACAAAGUCGAGAAGGCUAGGGUUUCUUCGGAAUCGUACGUCAGCGCGUGGCCUUUCUUCUCCGAUCUCGACGAGCUUCUCCGGGAAACGUUCCCGGCGACGUCUAGCGCUGCUCCUGAUAAUAGCCAGAGACCGUCGCCGUCGCUGCCGAUUGUUCCAGUUCCCGUCGCUCCACGAUCGGCGAUCUCCAGGCGUCCGGCGAUUAUGUCUCUCGGCGGGGAUAAUUUGCUCGGAUUUCGCGGGAAUCUCAACGCGUUCGCGGCGGCUGCUGCAGCCGCCGCGUCUCCGGCGUAUGAAGAUGAUUCUGACGGGUCAAGGUCCAGAUCGAGCGGAGGUAAUAACAGGAAGCGGGAGAGGGAGAGGGAGGUUGAGAUUGAGGAGAAGAAGGGGUACAAGGAGGUUGCGGAGGCGAUAGAGAGGUUUGGGAAGAUAUACGAGAAGGUGGAGGAGAGGAAGAGGAAGGAGAUGGUGGAGCUGGAGAAGCAGAGGAUGCGAUUCGCUAAGGAGUUGGAGUGUCAUAGGAUGCAGCUCUUCACCGAGAUGCAAGUUCGUCUUCACAAGCUCAGGCGUUCCUCUGGUUCCAACGGUCCGACUUCUUCCGCCAACGCCGCUCUUGAGUAUGGGAUGAUGGAUUUCCCUAGUUACUUCUAAAGGAAGGCAUCAUGAGAGUUUGUGAGUGUAGCCAUAGAUGAAGAAGGAACAAGUCCGCCCAGCCCACCAUGCCUACUUGCAGCACUAAGACUUACAAAGCACUUCCAGUUUAUUGACUUUGUCUGAAGCAUUAUCCUCGGAUUAAUAUAAUCAGAGCUUAUUUCAAAUAGGAAUAUAGGAUAAUACAGUAAGAACCAAAAAAAAAAAUGAAACUUUCCAUUGGAAAAAUGGCUCUGUGAAUCAAUUUACACGUUCGUGAAUGCUAAAAAUUUUGGAGAGAAAAUGAGAAGAAACAAAAUGAAAAUGCUUAACGUUGUCCUCUAGUAACUUGUGACUAGAACACACCACUUCCUUCACUUUCUCUCCAUCUUUAUAUAUUUUAAAGGUUGGCACUUU